AUGUCCAAAAACUCAGGCAAAUCCUCGAACGUAAGGAAGAGUGGCGGCACAAAGCCCAACCCACCGGAACCAGAUAUGGACACCCUAAUGGACGAAGCAAAAAACCUAGUAAAGGCUGCCAAACAACAGAUGGACCUGUCAGGAAACCUGAAAACCACCAUUAAGGAGACAGUUCUCAAGACCAUAUACAGACUCUAUGACAUAGUCGAUCUCCUUAAUGAGUCAAGGUUACAGGUAAAAAAUAAUCUGGAGAUAGUAAUACAAAGAAGAAAGGCAGAAAAGGAUCCGGACAUAGUAACAAUAUUAGAGGCGAUAAGAGACCAAAACGCUAUCGCCCAAACAACGCUGCAGACCAUUAUGCUGCUAGCGAAUGGGAUGGACGAGUCGCCAAAAAUAGAAGAAGUGAAUGAGAAACUUGGAAAAAUAACGGAAGAAAUAAAGAGACAAAGUGACAUAGGUGAAAAAACACAACAGGAGAUACAAGAAUUUAAAGAGGACAUUAAGACAAUAAAAGAAAUACAGAUGAAACCAAAUACAAUAGAAAUAGAAAGCCCAAUUCCAAAAACUUAUGCAGAAGUGGUUACAGAAAAACCGAGGACUACCCACUGCCUACUUGUAGGCGAAAGUGGGACGCCCUUGCCAGAUCCAGCGUGGCGUACUGUUAACACAACUAACACAGCAUCAGACGUUAACGCGCAGGAUAUCGUGAAGAUACCCAGGAAA